AUGAAACUUUACGGAGCUCUCAUCGCUUUUGCUGCUGCUCAGUACGAUACCUACUCCAUGUUCGACCCUUCAACAUCCGAGGAAAUUUCGGCGGAACGAUCAAGGAGAUCAGGGGAUCAUGCAUGCUCUGCAACGUUGAAGGAGCCACUGGAGUUCGUUCGAUGCAGAGAUGACCACGCCAAUCCAGAAGACACUCACGAGCCCAACGUUUGCAUGGUGGAGGAGCGACGCAAUAACGGACGAACUCAGCUCAACAUUCGAUGCCAAGAAAAACAAGCUUGCAAAAGAGACGUGGAGCAGAACAAAGGACAGUGCAAAGUUCCAGGAGCUAAAGAUCGAAAUGGCAUCGAAAAGGCCUCGACCUGCCGAAAAUGCCAUGCUUACGGUAAGAUGGCUCUUCGAACAAUCCAGCAGGGCAAAAGGAACGACCUCAGAUACUCGCGUUGGUUCCAGUGA